AUGGCAAAUCAACGAUCUUCCUUCACCUACGACGUUUUCAUAACCUUCUCCGGCGACCAUACUCGUUACGGUUUUGCCGGCAAUCUCUGGAAAUCUCUCAGCAACAGAGGAAUCAACACAUUCAUCGAUGACCAUGAAGAGGACCUUUCCAAAGGAAACGAAAUCGAUUCAACACUUUUGAAUGUCAUCAACGACUCAAGAAUUGCCAUUAUUGUGUUUUCUAACAACUAUGCUUUUUCAUCCUUUUCCUUGCAACUACUUGUCUAUAUCCUUGACAGUUUUGUCUUGAAUCAUCGCUUUAUUUUCCCUGUUUUUUACGAUGUGGAUCCUGCUGUUGUGAGAUAUCAAAGAGGAACUUAUGCCGAAGCUUUUUCAAAGCAUGAGAAGAAAUUCAAAGAUAAGAAAGACAAAGUUAAGAAAUGGAGGAACGCUUUAUAUCAAGUAGCUAACUUGUCAGGAUUUCAUUACAAUCAUGGGGAUGGAUAUGAAUUUGAGUUUAUUGAGAGGAUUGUGGAAGAAGUCUCCAGUAAGUUUGAUCUUGUUCCUGUACAUAUUGCGAAUUACACGGUCGGAUUGGAGUCUCAAUUGGAAGAAGUGUGUUCACUUUUAGAGUUGGGAUCAAAACAAGUCCUUACAGUGGGGAUCUAUGGGGUUGGUGGAAUAGGUAAAACAGUACUUGCUCGAGCUGUUUAUAAUAAGAUUGGAGACCAAUUUGAAGCUUUAUGUUUUCUUGCCAAUGUUAGUGAAAAUUCAAAUUUGCAUGGACUAAUUCACCUCCAGAAUAGGCUUCUUUCGGAAAUGGUUGGAUUGAAAGAUAUUCAGUCAGAAAAUGCUAGUAAUGGAGUUUCAGUAAUAAAGUAUAGGCUCCGCCGGAAAAAAGUUCUUCUCAUCCUAGAUGAUGUUGACACACUUGAGCAACUAGAGAUCUUAGUUGGAGGACUUGAUUGGUUUGGUCCUGGUAGCAGAGUUAUCGUUACAACACGGGACAAACAUUUGCUAGCAUUUCACGGGUUUGAUAUAAUAUACGAGGUACAAGAGUUGAAUCACGUAGACGCUCUUGAGUUGCUUAGCCACAGGGUUUUUAAGCAAGGCACUGUUGAUCCAAAUUACACAGAACUUUUAAGCCGAGUAGUAACUUAUGCUUCCGGGAUUCCAUUGGCCUUGGAAGUAAUCGGUUCCAACUUGUUUGGAAAAAGUGUUGACCAAUGGCAACAUACAUUAAAUCGGUUGGAGAGAAAUCCUCCCAACAACAUCCAAAAUAUUCUUAGAAUAAUCUUCAAUGAUUUGGAUCAAGAGGAGAAGAACGUUUUCCUUGACAUUACUUGUUGCUUCAAAGGAUAUGAAUUGACAGAUGUUGAAGAUAUUCUCCAUGCUCGUUAUGGUGAAGAUGUGAAAUAUCAUAUCGGAGCGUUGAUUGACAAGUUUCUCAUACAUAUCAGUUUGGAUGGUAAGGUGACACCACAUCCCUUGAUAGAGAGAACAGGUAAAGAAAUUGUCCAUGAUGAAUCGCCAAGCGAUCCUGGGAGACGUAGUAGACUAUGGUUCCAAGAAGAUAUAGUUCAAGUCCUAAAAAAUAAUAAGGGAACUAGUAAUACAGAAAUCAUACAUCUAGAUUCCACCUUAAUUGAAAAUGAAGAAGCAAUAGAAUGGGAUGGAGAGGCCUUUGAGGAGAUGCCAAACCUCAGAAUACUUAUUAUUAGAAAAUGUCAUUUCUCCAAAGCUCCCAAGUAUCUUCCAAACAGUUUAAAAGUAUUGGAAUGGUGGAGAUAUCCUUCGGAGGAGUUACCAUCUGAUUUUGAUUCAAAGAAACUUGUUAUAUGCAAGCUACCGAACAUGGGCUUCAUGUCACCCGAUCUAACUGGUGAUCCUGAUGUUUCACAGGCUUUAGACAAAAUUGCUAGAGUUGUAUUGCAAAUUUCACAUGGAGAUUUUCAAACCGAGACGGCUUGGAGACUAGUUGGCCUUAUGUCAAGUGUAGUUGGCCUGUCAUGUUAUGCUCUAAGCCCUUCUUUCGAUCGAUUAAUUGGAAGUGUACUCAUUCUUCUACGACAAAGCUUUCAACUGUUAACCAUCAACUGGAUGUUGAUUUUUGUUGCAAUAUUCUUUGGCUGUCCACUUUUUGUUAUGCAUUCCUCUAUGAAUUCCCGACAAGAGGUAGGUACUGGAAUUCCUCUAUGA